CCAUACUAUACGUCGAUAGGCUACCACGUCGCUUCUCGCCGCGCGCCGCGCGGCAAGCGUUUACGCAUUGUGUAAAGGCUCCAUGCAGGAGUGCAGGAGCCAAGAGUCGAAAGAGUAGCGUCAGUAAGAGCACGUGGUGCUACGAUGCCAUAUAUGUAAGAAGAUAUUCGACAGACGUAUGAAUGAAAAAUGGAAAAUAACAGCAAUAAAAGCGGAAAACCGCGUGAAACUGUGACAUUGAUUCUCAAAGAGAAGCAAUUUGUGGUUGAAAAGCAAAAAUUGAUGGACAAAUGUCAGUAUUUUGCUGCGCUUUUGUCCGCGAACUUUCUAGAAUAUGAACAGACAAAACACGUUAUCAACUAUGACAUUUCCCCGAUUUUGUUGCAAGAUUUCAUUGAUUGGAUUCAUAAUGACAAAAUUACAUUUACAUCUGCAACAAGUUAUGAUUUUAAAGAGCUUGAUCGUCUCUUGAUUCUGUUGGAAUUAAGCGUUCUAUUUACGGCAGAUAAAUUAAAAGAAGAUAUAACCGACAAGCUAACCGAGAGACACUUUAUGUCACCAAAAUAUGCAAUUCAAAUUUGGUUAUUGGCACAAGAAUUAAAUAUUAACGUGUUACGAGAUCUUUCUUUGGCUCUUUGCUUAGAUCGUUUCGAUCAACUGCCAUUCAAUUCAAUUU